CAGAGUUCCGAGUAAGGGCUCUUUAUCACCGAGCGAGGAGCGCCACGUACCGGGUAUGUAUACAUCCCACGCACUUUUCAGUCCGUGUUGACAUAUCUUUUUCCGGACUGGUAAUGCAGUACAGAUUCAAUGUCAUCUAAAACAACAUGCAUAUCGACAACCAAGAUCGAUAGGGAUUCGCUAGAACAUGGAGAGAAGGCCAACACAGGAUCAUAUCGGACGUGUAUUGUAAUAUUCCUGACUUUGUGCCGUAAUAAUCGACGUUUAUGUGGAAGAGUAACCCUGAUUCACGACGAUGAUAUGAUGGAUUAUUUUUCGCUGAAGUGGUCUCUAACUUCAGCCCUUUUUGUCACUCUCCUGUCCCUUGUACAAUGUGAUACUACAAACUGUACACAUAUGGAGCCAUCCGGAACUCAGUAUAUACCUGUCGGUGAGCAGUUGGAGCUGAUAUGCUCAUACAGUGGAGAAGAUAUGAACAACUCGUCAGACAGCCUUUCCAUACGUCAUUGUAUGGACCUAAAGUGUUCCACCUUAUCGUCAGAACCCGUCAACUCUUCAUCCAUCCGGACAGUUAUUCCAAGUCUUCAAGGGGAGAAUAACCAUACGUACUAUUGUAGUUUCCAAAAUAACCAUGAAACCAUCUCCAUGACCUAUGUCCGGGUCGGAUACCGGCCAUCAACCCCGGAAGAUAUAUACUGUUUCUCCAGAAAUCACUGUGAUAUGAACUGUAAUGUAAAGCUUGCAGAGAGAGACGCCAAAUCCCGUCUUUGGCUCAAUGUGACCUUCGAAUUCCAAUCGUCCUGGUCUACAGAAUGGUUAAAUUGUCCCGUUCCUGGGAACCACUACUGCUACUGGAGUCCUCCUUCCGGUUCCGGAGUAGACAUGGACAAUGACUUCGGUAUCAACAGACACUACACGAUCAAAGCUACGGUAACCAAUGUAUUGGGGAGUAACCAGCGAACACGAUACAUUGAAGACACCCGUACUAUAGUCAAGAUAUCCGAGCUGCACCAGUUCAAAGUGACUAACAUUACCAGAAGAGAGGUGCUCCUGACCUGGAUGUUACCAGAAAGUCUACUUGUCACAUUCGUCAUCGACUUUGUCAUCAUCUACGAAUCAAAAUGGGCCAAACAAAAGGUAUUGCACAGCAGUAAGAACAGUACGAGUACAAGUCUGACAAAACUGAUACCAUACACGCAAUACAAUGUGUCUAUUCGUGCAAGAAGUCAAUUGGUUGAGGAUGAACGAAAUUGGAGUGCUUUCAGUAGGCUUUUGUUUAAAACGGAAAAGGAUGCCCCGGAUGUGGCCCCAAGGACGACAGUAGGAGGGUACUUUAUCCCCAGACGAUGGAACAACUUAACAGAACUUAACUGUGCGAUGCAAAUCUUCAUCAAGCCUAUGCCGCCGAAGAAGAGGAAUGGUGAGCUAUCUGAUUUGUAUUACAAGGUGUAUCUGAAAGGUGAUCCUUCUCACAACUACAUUGUCAAUCCUGCUGCGACUAUUGCCUUGAGUCACGCAUCCUGUUGGAAUAAAGGACCGUACGAUAUCGUCCUUCGGGCGUGUAAUGGGGAGCACUUAUGUUCAAAUAAACGAGCAUUGAUGCCUAUUCCUUUAGUCGACCAGGAUAGCAAUAUUGAAUUUCCACGUGCAACAGACGUCAUUGCUGAGGGUUUCGGAGAAGCGAAGUUCAGAGUAUCCUGGACCAUUUCACCUAAUUUUGAUGAAAGUCUCGUUCGAGGCGUUACCGUAUUCUGGUGUAGAGGAAGUCGGGAACAGCACCUAUGUAAGAACAAAAUGUCAUGGCAGAAAAUCGAGAAACCUGUUACCUCUGCUGAUCUUCAGAUUAAGCAUUCUAACUACCGUGACUGGAUGUUUGCGGUGGCCUACAUAACCAAUGACGAUAAAAGCAGUGGUAUGGUGUUUGAAGAAUGUCAGUUCCUGUAUGACGAAAGUAAAUCUAACAAAGCAACUGACUCGGCGGUGAAGCCGACGUUUUACCUCCUUACACGUGACGAUCAGGAAGGGAAAUCGGUAAAUGUCGUGUCGCUGUCAUUCAGAUAUUGUGACGCCCAGUUUCUGUAUAGGAAACCAGAGCAGUACGAAUUGUUCUAUAAACAGACACAAGGAAGCACAGAAGAGGACUGCAUUAGUGGGGCUCGGUCACUUAACGUGACAGCGACCUUGCGUGUAAAGGAAAUUGUCUUGCCUGACCUUGACCCCAUGUCUCUGUAUUCUGUCUGUAUGAGGAUUCGUACAAGUAUCGGGAUCAGCAAGCUCAGUGACAUCCAAUGGAGGAAGCCUAUCAAAUCCCCUGCCGGGACGUUUCUGGACACUGCUGAGAUUGUCCUCAUUAUUAUUGGGUCUCUGUUAGGUUUGGCGUUCGUUGUACUAAUGAUAAGGUGUUUCAAACGGUAUCAUAAAGGUCUGGACACUCAUAUAGAAGUCCCAGCCAUCGGCCAAGAUUAUCAAGUUACCACAGUAAACCAGAAAACGAGCGCAGAUUCGUAUGCAGAUAGUGGCUUUAAUUCGCGUGGAAACGUCACAAAUACGACUGAUGAAAGGAUGAGACAUUAUCGCAAACUGUCCUUUCCUACCGCAAGUGAGAGAAGUGAGGACAGAGAUGGUUUGCUUGGAGAAGAAGAGAAAUUAGUGUCAGAUGUUACAAAUCAGGGACCAGGAGCAUCUUAUUACACCAAAACGAGACUUAAGAAUGCAGACAAGAUAACUGGGUCGGGUCUGUCUGAUUAUUGCCAAACAGACAGGAAACCUGAGAUGAACAACUGCGGAAGUUCGAUUAGUACAGAACACACAUCUGAUUGUUCUUUGGUGAAGCGAAUACCUAGUAGUGAAUCAGGCAUAGACAUUGAGGACAAUGGACAUACUACGUUUGUGGAGGUCAGUGACCCUAAUAUCGCACCGUUACUAGUUCCUAUGGAUGCAAACUCUGCAGUGAUGGUGAACGGGCGUGGUGUUAAUUAUAAGCCACAACUAGACACACGACCUGGAAUACCUACAGGAGAUAUUCAGACAGAUGGUUCUAACGACAGUGACGGUUCGCUUAAUGACCUAGAAUCGGAUUCAUCAUUUGAGAGAAUUCAAAAUAUGACAGUCUAUUAUGGACAAAACGGAAAGAGUCCGAACAUAGUUAAAUCCAACCGAUACAAUAAGAGGUGUCAGGACAACCUUGGAGAUGCACACUUACAAUCGAAGGGAGAUAACUCAAAACGUAUACUUAUGUCUCCUGAUACACUAUUGGGCGCUUCUUCAACAAAUACAUACUCAUGCCUCAAAGUUGACAAUUGUGAGGAGGAACAUUCCUUAGAUCAUUCUAUACUAAGAAAUACCUGCCGUGAUACCUCAAUUUUAGGUCGUGAACCAUACAGAAUGUAUCACGUAACUAAGGCUGCGUCUCAAACAUGUAGACCUGCUACACGUUAUCAAUCAAACGGAUAUAACUCAUUAGAUCCCGGUACAUGUGAACUCAAUACCGACAAUUCUGGUACGUGUUGUGAACCACAUCAACACUAUAUCGGUCCGUGUUGUGAACAAAACGAAGACCUCUCCUGUACACAACGUGAACUCAAUAACGACAACUGCGGUACCGUUUGGGAAAAACACAAACACUAUUCCGAUACAAGUUGUGAACAACCUGGAGAAAACUGCUGUUCAUAUUGUGAACAACGCAAACAUUAUUCCGAUACAAGUUGUGAACAACCUGGAGACAACUGUGGUUCAUGUUUUGAACAACGCAAACAUUAUUCCGAUACAAGUUGUGAACAACCUGGAGACAACUGUGGUUCAUGUUGUGAACAACGCAAACAUUAUUCCGAUACAAGUUGUGAACAACCUGGAGACAACUGUGGUUCAUGUUGUGAACAACGCAAACAUUAUUCCGAUACAAGUUGUGAACAACCUGGAGACAACUGCGGUUCAUGUUGUGAACAACGCAAGGGACAGUUAGAACCAAUAUCAUUUGACGAUAACAAUUCACUUUUUGAACCACUCAAUCCAGACACAAACUUCAAAAGUGAAAACAUUGGCAGUGUAAGGAAGAAAACGUAUGUGGCAAGAAUAUGCUGAGUAAUUGAGCCAAUGAGGGGGGGAAAGACACAACAAAUCUGUAGCUGUAAACAUACAUAAUAUUACUGUUAGCAAGUGUCACAUAACGGUACAAAAUGCAUCAUUUUCGUCAGCGUUCCACAUCGUAAACUUGUAUUGGAAGUCUCUAUCCAAGGUUAAAGCAAGAGAAAGACAGGAAAGAAGACGCGCUGUAAGGGUUGUGAUGACAAAAUACAUAGACCUGGUGUUCUUUGCUAUGUAAACGUUGGCGUAUUACAGCACCCAUGUUAUAAGUUUUGCCAUAAACAAGCUAGGUUAUAGAAGCUAAGGUUAGAGAUAAGUGUAAGGGAGGUUCCCACGGUUUAGAGUUAGGGAUUAGGGUGAGGGAGGUUGCCAUGUUUUUAUAGCAGAACUUAACGUGUUAUAUUCACGGCAAACAUAUCUGUAUUGUGUGAUAAAUGAAACUGUAAGACAAUUUUGUAAAUACAUAUCUCGUUAAAGGCGAAAGCUGUCUCGUUUGUACCUGUUAUUUCAUUAUAAAGAUUAAUCACUCGCGAAAAUUUUCCCGUUUUAGGGCGAUAACUGAGCUCGUUUUAACAAAAGAAACUUUGUUUUAACGAGGUAUGUGACGCUUUUUAUCGAGGUAACUGUGCGCAUUUUCACAAGAUAACCAACUGGUUUAAAAUAUAAAUCGCAUUUUUACAACUCAUUUUAAAUGAGCUAUAUCCGUCUACAUGCUUUGUUUGACUCUUUAUUUUAGAUAUAUUUAUUUUAUUUUCAAAAUGUUUUUUUUUAUCUUUAAAUGGUUUAUUUGUUUUCAUUUCAAUUCUGACAUUUACAUGUAAAAUUUAUGUAUCCUGUUUUAUUAAUGCUUUGGUAGCAGUGUACAGUAAAAAUGCACAAUUCUGAAAAAUAUGGCAUAUGUUAACAUUGCCAGUUAACCCUACAUAUAACCUCUAAUAAAGUAUAUAUUUUUAUAAUCUGUACAACAUUUGCAUGUUUGGUACAGCUCUGAAGGAUAAGUAAACUGAU